AUGUCCAUGAAGACGCGUUCAGUCACUUGCACAGAUACGCCACGCCUACUAGAUCCAUCCUCAACCACACGCCCAUACUCAAGCCACGCCUACUUCGUCCACGCCCAUUCAUACCUCAAAACCACGCCUUCUCAUACACCACGCCCAUUCAUACCCCAAAAACCACGCUUACUCAUAAAGCACGUCCAUUCAUACCCGAAAACCACGCCUACUCAUACACCACACCCAUUCAUACCCCAAAAAGCACGCCAACUCAUACACCACGCCCAUUCACACCUCAAAAACCACGCCUACUCAUACACCACGCCCAUUCAUACCCCAAAAACCACGCCUUCUAAUACACCACGCCCAUUCAUACCUCAAAAACCACGCCUACUCAUACACCACGCCCAUUCAUACCCCAAAACCACGCCUUCUCAUACACCACGCCCAUUCAUACCUCAAAAAUCACGCCCACACAGCUCCACCGACGCCCACCGAUGUCUCGUCGAGGGAGACUGA